GGACUGGAUGCGCUUGGAGCGCAGAUCACUCCUGCGUCGGCUGGCGCUCACACGGCGUUGCAACAGCCUGGGAGACGGAGACAGCGAGACAACUUAUUUUUCACAAAUAUGUCAUCUUCAGUCCCUUUACGCCUCGCUUUCAGAUGAAUUAGUGAUGAGUUUGAGUGGUGCUGCUGAUGCGGACGGUUAGAGUGAGAGCACACAGAGGGAGGCGGGUAUUCACAUCGUGCAGCGCUUGAAAGUGAGACCCACGCUUCAUCUAAGAGUAAACUAUAGGUGGACCGAUGACAACGGCAAAUUCCACCACUCGUGACUUUCGGCAACAAGGCUUCCUGUGGGCCGAUGGACAUCUGUCUCCCACUUCCUCCUCCUCAUCCACCUCCUCUUUCUCAUCCGAUUCCCUCUCCAUGGCUCCAAUGGCUGCCAGGGACAACACAUCUGAGCUCCCUGCCUGACUGCCAGCUCUGAUUCCUGUAAAGACUCUUGAGCUCAGCAUCUGAUACACUCCACUCAGCAGCACAGCCAGCUCUCUACCCUCCAACUCUUAGUUGCCCUCCUCACAUCUCCUGCCAUUGUUGUCAGCCUUCUCCCUGUACCACUGAGUUGCCUGGCUUUGGUCCUACUCCACUACUACUGCUGCUGCUGUCAUAUGUCACCCUCCCCUGUGCCACCACCACUACCCUCCACUCAGCCUCCCCCACCCCCAUUACAACAACCCAACCACUACCACCAUCAUCACAUCCCAGCUGGUUCCUCCAUGGCUGGGCUAUUCACCUCACUGUUCCUUCUGGUGCUCCAGACCUUAGCCGCCCCUCCGGAAUUUGUCCCGGUGACACCCGAUCCGGACCUAACAGACCCUCUUUGGGGCAACGGGACUGUGGCUCCCUCCAUGGUGCCCCCUCCAGGCACCAGCCAGCAGAUGCCCCACAGCAUCAUCAUUGGCGUGCGUAAAGGGGGCACGCGGGCGCUGCUGGAGAUGCUGGACAUCCACCCUUCUGUUGCGGCAGCGGCCACCGAGGUGCACUUCUUCGACUGGGAUGAGAACUACGCGCGGGGCUUCGACUGGUACCGCGGUCAAAUGCCCUGGUCCUACCCUUACCAGACCACUGUAGAGAAGACGCCAGGUUACUUCACCUCCCUGCUGGCACCAGAGCGCAUCCGCGCCAUGAACGCUUCUAUCAAGCUGCUGCUGAUCCUCCGCGACCCAACUGAACGGGUCAUCUCGGAUUACACACAGGUUUACUUCAAUCGCCUGGAGGCCCGGAAGCCAGUACGGCCCAUCGAGGACCUCUUGAUGCGUGGUGGGUCUUUGAACACGCGCUACAAGGCCAUCCAGCGCAGCCUGUACCACCUGUACAUGCACAACUGGCUGCGACACUUUCCACUAGAACAGAUCCACUUGGUGGAUGGGGAUGCGCUGGUGAGGGACCCGCUGCCCGAGUUGAGGCGUGUGGAGCACUUCCUCAAUCUGCCAGCACGCAUCGACUCCUCCAACUUCUACUUCAACCAGACUAAGGGGUUUUAUUGUAUCCGUAGUGAUGGGCAAGAACGAUGCCUGCAUGAGUCCAAGGGUCGGCUGCAUCCACCUGUCAAUGGCACUGUGCUGAGACAACUUCGGGCGUAUUUCCGCCCCCACAAUCGCAGCUUCUACAAGCUGGUGGGACACUCGUUCCACUGGCAAUGAGACUAGUAGGUGGGCACUGGUCAGUGGGUGAAACUGUUUUAAAAACGACCCCCUUGUUCAUCUUGACCAAACGUGGUGGACAAAACAGAUGGGUCUUGAUUGAUCGUGUUCAAUCGCCCCCAGACAGUCCCUCCCCCACCAUCCCUUCAUAACCUCUCAACUUGUUCCUUUUUCGGUUAUCAGGCUUUGUCCCUAAAUCUAGCCAAUCACAAGAGCUGCGAAGCCUGACAUGUGGAUGGACCAUAAGGAAGACAGGAAACUUGAAGCACUUUAGAAACCAUGUCUACUACAGCUGUCUUACCUCUUAAAUGCCUUUUGACACAGAACACUUGUUACAUGAAAGAGAACAAACAAUUGAAAUGGAAACUUUGCAACUUAAAACUCUCGAGAAAACAAAAAGAAUAUGCUGUUGCAUAAACUCCUGUUUUACAAUUGACUUCAGGCAACUACUUUCUUCUCUGUGAAAUAUAUGACAUGUUUUUCUAUUAUCUUAUUUAUUUUUCUGCUGUUGUUUGUUAUACUUGUACUUGAUAAUAAAUGGUUUGGCUUUAAAAAAAAGUGAA